AUGCAACUCCUGACGGCACUGGCCGUCAUCGCGGCCGUCGGUUUGGUAGCGGCCGAUUACAAUACCGUCAAAGUCGCCGACGAGGAGUUUCUCCUUAAGCAGAAGAAGAUUUACAAUCUUUUGUAUCACGUCCCGCAACCCGCCCUCGUCAAUCCUCCCCUGUACGAGGAAGGCCGCUCGUACAAUAUCGAGGCCAACAUCGACUCUUACAUUAACACGAGCGCGGUAAAGAACUUCCUCCAGAUAUACGAAAAUGGCGUACUUGCGCGCGGUGAGAUCAGCUCCAUAUACUAUUCGAAGCAUUUGAAGGAAAUAGACGCGUUGUUCCGUCUAUUCUACUAUGCCAAAGACUUUGAUACCUUUUACAAAACCGCGCUAUGGGCGCGCGUUUACAUGAACGAGAUGCAAUACGCGUACGCCCUUUUUAUCGCCAUUAUACGCCGCGAGGACACCAGAUUCAUUCAACUGCCGCCUAUUUACGAGGUGUAUCCUUAUGGGUUCUUCAACUCCGAAGUACUCAAAAAAGCGCAACACGCGAAGCUCUUCGGUAAACCUGAUUCGAAGAAGCCCGGUAGCUACAUCAUCCCGGCGAAUUAUUCCGCAUGGUACAUAUCGCACGAGUACGAUUUAGAGCACAAGCUCAAUUACUUCACCGAGGACAUUGGCUUGAACGCCUACUACUUCUACUUCCGGAGCGACAAUCCGUUCUGGCUUAAGGGCGAGGAAUUCGGAUUGCAAAAGUGGCGCGGCUCGGAAUACCUUUACGGUCACAAGCUGCUGUUGACCCGAUACUUCUUGGAACGGCUGUCAAAUGACAUGGGUAAGAUCGAGGAUUUCGAUUGGCACCACGAAUUCUACACCGGAUACUAUCCUACGAUGAACUAUCACAACGGGCUGCCGUUGCCGCAGAGGCCUUACUGGAGCAAAUUCCCCUACUACAAGUACGCAUACAUAAAGGACUUGGAAGACAUGGAAUCUCGAGUCUCGGCCGCCAUCGAUUCCGGAUUCGUCUUAGACGCGACCGGUAAUAAGAUCAACAUCUACUCGCCCGAGGGCCUCAACAUCCUUGGCAACAUCAUCGAGGGCAACGUGGAUUCCUGCAACCGCGACUUUUACGGCAGCAUCGAUUUGUUCGCGAGAAAGAUUCUCGGAUACAAUCUGGAGCCGUCAACCUCGUCUCAGAUUGUACCUAGCGCCUUUGAGUUUUACAGCACGUCUAUGAGAGAUCCCGCGUUCUACCGUCUCUAUAAGAGAAUAUUUAAGUUCUAUCAUAACAGAUACAAGAUGCAUCAGAAACCGUACGACAAGGACGAGAUUAUCUAUCCCGAGAUAAAGGUCGAGUCUUUUGUCGUUGAUAAGCUGGUUACCUUUUUCGAUCAAUUUGACUCCUCGAUCAACAAUGGUUUGUUAAUCAAUAACGAGGAGGAGGCCGAAAAUACGUUGGUCAAAAUUCGUCAGUAUCGUCUCAAUCACAAACCGUUCAGCUUCCAUCUCUCUAUCAAUGCCGAAAAACCGAUGAAAGCCGCGAUACGUAUUUUCCUCGGGCCGAAGUAUAACGUUCAUCAUAAACCUCUGGAGAUCGCCGAAAACGUAUAUUACUUCUAUGAAAUGGACAACUGGAUAGUCGAUUUGAACGCCGGCGCGAACAAGAUCGUCCGAAACAGUGAAGAUUGCAUCUUCGUGGUACCCGAUCCGGAGCCGAGCGAGGUCUUUUACAAAAAGAUACUCAAAGCUUUGGAUGGCUCAGACACUCUCUCGUAUGCGGAACGUGUCUACGGAUUCCCCGAGCGUCUUCUCCUGCCCAAGGGUAAGAAAGAGGGCAUGCCUUUCCAGAUCUUCGUAUAUGUGAGUCCAAUUGAGAAAGAACCGAUUCUCUACAUGUCUCGUAUCUUCGGUGGCUACAAAUUCGACAACAAGCCGCUCGGAUUCCCAUUGGACAGGCCUACCCUCAAUUUCCGCUACAACGGAUCGAAUAUGAUGCUGAAGGAUAUUCUGAUCUUUCACAAAGAUGAGAAUGAGCUGAAUGUCACUUAUUGA